AUGAUUAUUUUUCUUUUAAUAUUUUUCUCAUUCUCGACACUAGAAUUUCAACUGAAGAAUGGAAUAUUAACAAUUUCCUCAGGUGGUGAAUUAGGAGAAGGAGCAAUUUCAUCAAAAUAUGAAAUUAAAUUAAUUAAAAAAGUAACAUUUGAAACAAAUUCAGAUACAAAAAUCCAAUCAUUAGCAUUUUAUAAUUGUAUUUAUUUAGAAUCGUGUAAUUUAUCAAAAGAUAUAACUUUUAUUUCAUCUGAUGCAUUUAGAUAUUGCUAUUCCUUGGUUGAAAUUACUAUCGAUGCAGAAAAUCAAAAUUUUACAGUGGAUAAAAACAUCCUUUAUAACAAAGAUAUGACAACAAUCAUCAAAGUUCCAGUCAACAUGACACAAAUUGAUAUUCCUACAUCUGUUACAACAAUACAAAGUCAUUCGUUUCAUUUUGUAAGGAAAAUGAGCCGAUUAUAUAUACCAAAAAAUGUUGAAGCAAUUGACUCAGGAUCAUUUUUCGAUUCUACAAUUGAUGUUAUUGAAUUUGAGAAAAAUUCUUCAUUAACAGAAUUAAGUAGUAAUUCAUUUUCAUACUGUAAUAUUCAACAAAUCAUACUUUCAAACACAUUAACAAAUAUUGGGUCAUAUGCAUUUGAUCAAAAUCAAAAACUAUUCAACAUAACAUUUUUAACACCGAGAUCAAACAAAUUAACUAUAUCUUCUAAUGCUAUUUCAAACACAGUUAUUGAAUCAUUUACGAUUCCAAACAAUACAAUAUUGGAAGCACAUGCUUUAGAUGCAUCUAAUUCUCUGACAACAGUUGAAAUAUCAGAAAAUGUUGAAUUAAAAGAAAAUUGCUUUGCAGGAUGCCCUAAUAUAAUAAAAUUUGAUCUUCGUUCAAGCAGUAAUAUAUUUAUAGAAAAUGAACUUAUUCAAAAUGGAAAAUUAUUGUAUGCUACAAAAAAUAUAGGAAAUAGCUAUAAUAUACCAGGUGACACAACUAUUUCAAAUCCUCUAUUCCAAUAUUAUCAAAACUUAACAAAAUUAACAAAUGCUCAAAAUAAUACAAACUAUGUUAUCAUAGACUCUGUUAUAUACAACUCGACUAGAAAUCAAGUUAUAGGUGCUGCUGGUGGACUAGAAAAUAUUACACUUAUAUAUCGCGUCAGAGUUCUUGGCGAUUAUUGUUUCACAUGCAUGUCUAAACUGAAAACACUCACAAUCAAAGGUGACAUUGAUUCGAUCAACGAAAAAGCAUUUUAUCGAUGUUCUAUUGGCGAGCUGCAUUUUAAACAUGUUGGAACAAUCGGAAUUAGUGCAUUCGAAGGAUGCAAUGCAGUAACGAUUACAUUUGAAUCCAGUCCUGAAAUUAUUUCAUCCAAUGCAUUCAAACAAUGCAAUAUUCUUGAGAUCACUCUGAGGGAAACGAACUCGAUUGAAUCAGAAUCAUUCAUUUCUUCAGAUUUGACAAAAGUUACAUUCGAAGACAGUUGCAUAGUUCCAACUAUAGGUGAUUCUGCAUUUGAAAAUUGUUACAGACUUAAAACAGUUACAUUUCAUCCUAAACUAGCAGGACUCGGCGAAUCGGCAUUUUUUAAUUGCAUGAGUUUAGAAGAAAUAAGUUUUUCAUCAGACAUCACAUCAUUGUCUAUUGGAUCAAAAUGUUUUUCUCGAUGCAAUUUUUCAACAUUUACAAUAGAUAGUAAAUUUUCUAAUAUAUCAUCAUUUGCAUUUUCAGGUUGUUCAAAUCUUCGUGAAGUCAAAUUUUACUCAAUUCCACCAUCUGUUGGAACAUGUAUUUUCUCAUCUUGCAAUAAUCUUAUCAAAAUAAAUUUACUAAAUAUUAAUGAUAUAACAAAUAGAAAGGAACAAUUUAAUACAAUAAUUUCAGAUAUCAGAUCAAAUAUCAAAGAAAUUUAUUCAAAUCUCAAAAUAUAUCCAAAAUCUUUGUUUUCUAACUUUAUAAGUGUUGAGACUAUUUCUAUAGGAGCAAAAGAAAUCAGCGAAUCUCUUUUUGAAAACUGUACAAAUUUGAAAAUUGUCAAAUUUUCUGGAGCAAAUACUGGAGAUAACAAUCAUAAUUUUAAUGUCAGAAAGCGAGCAUUUUAUAAUUGCCAAAAUCUUGAUUAUCAUUUUCUUAAGGAAGUUAAAUAUGUUAAUGAAUAUGGAUUUUAUGGAUGUCAAUUUCCAAAAUCAAUAGUCCUUCCCAGUAGUAUUACAAGUAUUUUAUCACAUGCAUUCUCAAGCACAGGAAUCAAAACAGUCAACUAUUGUUCCACCGGACUUGUUUGUGUUGAAGACUCUUUUGAUAGCAAUGUCAAAGCAUUUGUUACUGAUUCAUUCGAAAAUCCUUCAUUCUGUUCUCUUCCAACAACAAUAAUUGAUAAAUCAAUAUGUUAUAUUCCUUAUAUCUCUAAGAAAUACAAUGAAAUAGUAUUACGGCUUAGAAAAUAUCGUAAUCAUCGAAUUGUUUCAUCAUUCGUUGCAUGUAAUAUAAUAAAAUAA